GCGGGACGCAGCGACCAGUCACUCUGCACACCACGGGAGUAGAACUCGGACAAGAUGAGGAUUCAGGUCGUACUGCUGGUGGCUCUGGCUGCCGUGGCGUCCGCUGAUGAGGAGGGCGGCAUCCUGGACAGCAUUCGGAACGGCUUCAACAGGGCGGGCGCGGCCUUCAGCUCGCUGUACGCCACCUACGAGACGGCGCCGUACACGGUGGAGAGGACUGUGAAGACCGAUGACGGGGAGAGCAUAAUUUACGAGGAGCGGAACUACCCCGGUCAGAAAUGGGUGUGCACCACAGAAAUUGACGACGAGGAGGAAGAGCAGAGCAAGGACGCGUUCAUGAGGCUGUUCGGCUACAUCACUGGAGACAACGAGGGAGGUAUCACUAUCCCGAUGACCACGCCGGUCUCGAUGGUACGUGAGCCUCUGACGGCCGAGGAGCUGGCCAAUCAGGAGAGCCAGAGCGACGAGGACACACAGGAGCAGGAGAGUGAGGAGGUGCACAGCAAGUACACCAUGUGCUUCUACAUCAACCAGGCCAACCAGGAGAACGCGCCGCCGCCGACCAACCCGGAGGUGUACAUCGAGAACCGACCCACCAUGACCGUCAUCGCUAGUCAAACUGGCGGCUACAUGGAUGAUGAGGACUGGGUGGCGAUGGCGGACAAAUUGAAACAGGAUGCGACGGCCCAAGGAGAGACCGGCGUGGAUUAUUCGAGCUUCUACCGGGCCGGGUACGACAGCCCCAUGAAGUUCUGGAACCGCCGUAACGAGAUCUGGUACGUGAAACAGGCCUAAGGAUCCGGGCAUCCUCUCAAAAAGGACCGACGGACUAUUCGACCGGUCGCCUGACUCGGAGUCGAGACAGGCCGCGACUCUUCAGAACACUCGAGUCAGUCACCCACCGAUGGGUGUGAGUGAUAAGCCCAUGCAAAGUUCACAACGUUAUAGUGUCAGAAGCUUGCAAAUGUCAUAAGAAUCGGUCUUUGGCUACGUAACUAUUAGCAAUAGCACUACAUAUGUACAGCUAGAGUCUAGAGCGCAAUAACCUUAUGCUAUUUCUAGCACAGAGAGAUGCGAUGCGCACUGCUUUAUGAUGUUAUAUAAGCGAUAGUGAUACGAUAAGUGUUUUAUCAGCACGCAUUUUCUGUGACACCGCGAGGUCCUACUCGUGUGUACCUUAUUGUUGAUUGUCCAUGCAGCGAUGUUGUCGCCUUUUUCGUGUGCUUUAAAUGUGAUAAUAUAUGAAGAUCAUUGUCCA